AUGGCUACUCAGGGAUUGCGGACGAUAAUAGUCCUAUCGUUUAUCCUGGCUAUUGGUUUCCUCCUAGUCAUUCUAUCAGCAGCUAUAUGGCAACAAUACCUGCCACUUCUAGUCGUUGCGACAUAUGUUCUUGCGCCGUUGCCGAACUGGAUAUGCAGCCACUGCGGGAAUCCGGAUGAUUUCAUUGAGAGUUCCGGCAAUGCGAUUGUCGACUUUGGCCGGUUCUUGACGGGUUUCUUGGUUCUUAUGGGUAUAGCACUCCCCACAGUUUUAGCUCACUGUGGCUAUAUCGGAUACCCUGCUAUGGUCAUGUCAAUCCUUGGAGGUCUUUUGAUCUACGGCACAAUCAUCAGUUUCAGUACAUUUUUCCAGGAGCAGGAGGAGUUUUAG